AUGUCUCCUGAACAAAGCCCUAGUCAGAAUCCCGAGUCCCAAUCUUCUGAUACGCAGACCUCCCAAAAGUCCCAACCAGUGACACUGGACCUUCUCCCCACUGAAGUCCUUCUCCUGAUCUCAGGUGAACCCGGAAAAGACCAAAACAUCAUCUCAGCUGCGGAUUUCAAGGCGUUAUGCUUACUCAGCCCUCCUCUCCACCAAGUGUACCUCCCAUUUUACUAUUUGGGGGAUAACAGCGGCGCGUUCCGUCAGGCACUGAGAAACGCUGAUGUCAAGGCAAUGGAACGAUGCGCCCACUUUGGAGCUACACCUGAUACGAGAUGGGAACUGCCUGAGUCUGGCGGUUGUCAAUGCAUCUCUGAGCGUCGGCAUACCCACCACAGGCCCAUCGAUGAGCUACUGGAGUGCCUUUACCUAGGCGAAACUCCCAUUGACAAGUGUGUCGAUGCUCUGGAGUGGCUUCUGCAAAGACAGUUUGAAAUGAAAGAGCAGCAAGAUCAGCCGUGGUAUGCAGCAAAUGACUAUUGUGACCACGUCCCUGAAUUCCUGCUCAUGAUCCUGAGCAAGAGUCCUGAUCGGGCCCGCACAGAAGGCAUUUGCCAGAUGAUCAAGAUGCUGCACAGCCAUGGUUAUUCACUCCCUCACAACAUGAAUUUUGAUUCAUUUAUGUGUCGAAGCUGGGAAGAUGCCGGACUAGUCCGCUAUAUCACAGGGCCUCUAGACAUGGCUUUACGCUCCCAUUGCCCACCCUAUCUUCUUGAGCUUGUCCUCCGAGAUUAUGUGCGCCGCCUUGUAAGUUUCGAGGUUACAUAUGAGGAGCUCCCCCGUCCCCUCAUGCAAAAAUGGGCAGGGAAGUACCGCCUACAGGAACCCGAACACUUGCUUUUCGGAGGGGGAGUAGUGGAAACAGUCGACAAGCCGUGGUGGAAACUCACCAAUGUACUACACGCGGCCUGGGGACUUUUCCUGGAUCUGAUGGAUAGCUCUACGGCCUGGGCGGAGGAGUACCGCGGUGAAGCUGCAGAUGUGUUUGAGCAGAAGAUCGAGAUUCUCAUCGAGUAUCAAGUGCUUAACCAGCUUGAAGAGAACAUGCUGAGAGGCAUCGUUCAAGCUAUGCGGUCCAUGACUGCUCCUACAAAAGCUAGCUACAACGGCGUAGUCAGCGAUUCGGAUUCUCAACGCUGUUGGGAAGCACUGUACAGAGCGAUCAUCCCUUUCGAGAAUAUCGAAGAGCAUUGGUUUCUGGAUUACUGGGAUCUUAUCGACCCUAACAUUAGCCUUGGCUUUCCUCGAGAAUGCCAUCGCUUCCACAUUGACCCCGACGACAAUGUUUACAAGAUGUAUCACGACUAUCAGAUGCAGAACGACCAAAUUAGGACGACUUUGAAUCGUCCGUGGGGUACCGAGGGAGUUUCAAAGAGAGAUGACGGAAAGUGGGUAGAUCGCGAGUGGAGGCAUGUGUUUCAUAGCAACGAUGGCUCAGGUCUAGGAGUGCGGGGAGGGGUGGACUUUUGGAGAGUACCCAGAUGGACCGAGGGGGGGAGCUUCGCGGAUAUCGACAAGGCUGUAUGUGAGCGGUGGACGGUACUCGAUGACAAAAAGCGCUCAGAUAGUGGCGUUUAG